GAGAUUUUCUUUUUCCCCCGAUAUGACAGACAAAAGAGCCAAUCCUCGCGUUCGUAUAACCAAGGACUUCCAAGCCAGCUUUGAAGGAUUUAUUCUUUGAAUAGCAGCCAUGGUAGCUGCAGAAACCCAACCCGAUGGGCAAAAUGCCUCAAAAUCUUCGAUUCACGAAGAAAUCCAAGACGCGCCGCUCGAUAAGAACACGGAUCAGCCAAUUGCGCCGGAUCAGUUUGACGAGAAAUACCACACCACUAAAUGGGAGAUAUGGGCUUACUACUCUUACUACAUUGGAAACAACGGGUUGUCUUUAUUCAACUUUGCUCCAACCGCAUUUCAAAAUCUGCUUUCUCAAGCUGCUGGAGAUGCAGGCACACUCGCGUUUGCUGGGAAAAGCCGUUCGAUUAACAGUAUUGUUCUACUGUGUAAUGGAAUUUCCUUUGCCAUUCAGAUUGUCGUCUUCUUGGUAAUUGGAAGCUUUGCAGACUUUGGCGAUUGGAGACCUAAUAUUCUCAUUGUCCUUUCCAUCAUCGCCUAUGCUAUUGGAUUUGGUUGGCUUGGUGUACACACCGAAGACAAAUGGCGAGUUGGCGUGGGAUUGUACAUUGUUGGACUCAUCGCCUACCAGACAACUUUGACCUUCUGGACCGCGGCAUUCCCAGGGCUGGCUCGGAAUACGAUUGAGAUGAAGGAGAACGCAGAUGCAUACGCUAGUGGUAUCAUCUCGCGCGAUGAGUACGACUAUGCCGACACGAUGAAGCGUAGCCAGCUGGCCAAUAUUGCGUUUUACAUACAGUCAGUUGGGGAGAUAUUUAUCCUCGCCAUAAUCGUUGGGAUUAUGUUUGGACUUCGUGUUGAUGCGAGCGAAGCAAAUAAUAAUUGGGGCUUGAGUGUGCUGAUUGCUUUCGCUACUGGUGUCUGGCUGCUCGUCUCGUUGCCGUGGUUCUUUCUUGAAAAGCGACGACCGGGUCAAGACCCUGGGAGGAAUAUCAUUAUCGCUGGGUUAUCGCAAAUCUACCAUGCCAUCAGACAGAUAUGGAAAUUGAAGCAGAGCCUGGUAUAUCUGAUUGGUUAUUUCCUCCUCGGUGACUCUUUGAAUACAACCGUGACUGUGAUUAGCACUCUGCAAAAUGGCAUUGUCGCCUAUAAUACCCUGCAGUUGACCUAUAUCCUGAUUGUCGGUAUUGCUGCUCAGGCAGUUGGCAUCUACACCUUUUGGUUCACCCAACAGCGAUACAAACUCGACACCAAAACCAUGUUCAACGCCAUCGCAUUCGCAAUCAUCCUCCUAGACGGCUGGGGUAUGAUUGGUAUCUGGACGAACAAGUUCGGAUUCCACCACGAAUGGGAAUUUUGGGUCUACCAAGCCUUCUACGGUCUCUUCGUCUGCCCCUGGUACAGUUACUCCCAGAUCAUGAUCUCAGAGGUCACGCCCCGCGGCCACGAAUUCCUCUUCUUCAGUCUCUUCAGCAUCAUCGGCAAGACAUCUUCGUUUAUCGGUCCGAUUGUUUCGAGUGCUAUCAUCGAUGCGACGCCAUCGAGGAAUGCGUCUACCCCGUUUUACUUUCUGUUUGCGUUGAGUGUGGUUAGUUUUGGGAUUUUGGUGAUUGGGGUUGAUCUGAAGAAAAGUCGAAAGGAACAAGAAGUGUUCCUGCAAGAUAAAGUGCGGCGUCUUGCAGAGGAUAGAUCAUCAUUAUCGGGGUGAGUAUGUAAAUGGCCGUGGCUAGUAUAUACCAUUGUUAAGCAAUCACUACAUGCUUUUCAUACUUCAGCGUCUUGAAUGCUAGCGGGGUACUUCUAUGCAUUAUCAUAUCGUCAUAUAUCAUCAGUAAAGAUUUGAAACCCAAUAGACCAAGUGGUACUCCAAGAUUUAUAUAUCCCGUCCAGCCAUCCGUACGACCACCAUGUCAACACUUUUUAUAUACCUGAAAGAAUUACAAGAACCAGGAUGGAAACUAAACCCGAAGACU